UUGACGACGUCACGUGUGUAAAUAUUUAGUGGUGCGCGGGUUAGUGACUUUAGAUGGCUGACUCCUAUCCUCUGUGAUUGACUGUCCCUCUCCAAGACGGUGAGACAUGGCACCAAAGAAAGUGACCCGAGGGAGCACCGCAAGAACAGUAAAGUCAGGGACGGAUGACCGGGCUGGAGAGGAGGACAGUGAAAUGGUCUCUCCUGAGGAAACCGGUGCUCCAACCGUCCGGGGAAAGAGAAAAGCUCCAGCUUCUGAUCAGGGCAGGACAAAAGGUGAAGGGUCACGCAGUCGCCCACAGUACGAUCACUGGCUGAUGAAAUCGGAGCCUGAGAGCCGCUUCGAGAAUGGAAUCGAUGUUAAGUUCGGGAUUGAGGAUUUGAAGGCUCUCCCCAAUCAGACUGGAUGCUGGGAUGGUGUGCGCAAUUAUCAGGCACGCAACUUUAUGCGGGAGAUGAAGGAGGGGCAGAGCGCCUUCUUUUACCACAGCAACUGCAAGGAACCUGGGAUAGCAGGAAUCAUGAAAAUCACGAAGGAGGCAUAUGUGGACCACACUCAGUUCGACAAGAAAGAUGUGCAUUUUGAUCCAUCCAGCAAACCAGACAACCCCAAAUGGAGCAUGGUAGACGUCCAGUAUCAAAGGAUGAUGAAGCGUUUUAUUCCUCUGUCUGAGCUUAAGAAGUACCACCUGCAGCACAAGGCCAAAGGAGGGCCUCUGAAGGACAUGGCACUGUUUACAAGAGCCAGGCUGUCUGUCCAGCCCCUCACCAGCGAGGAGUAUGACUUCAUCCUGAGUUUGGAGAAUAAAGGCCCACGGUGAAGAUUUGGACCAGAUGAUGGUUCAUAAUGUGGUGACAUCAUGAAGCAGCAACCCAGUCUGCUAUCACUCCAGUGCAUAUGUGAAAUAUAAUUUGUUUACUUCAC